AUGCAUUGGAUCCUUUUACCAGAGCCACGUGUGCCAAGGACUUCCAUACCUAUUGUGGAGGACUUAAUUUCAAGUCAAGAAUUUGUCACCGAAGAUAACCCAAUAACCUGGUUGAAACAGAAAUCAUUAAUCGAUGAUCAACAAACCCAGCAAAUUGCCUCACUUACCACUGGACAAAAAGACAAUUGCAUGUGGUCUUCAGUUCGUAAAAAUCGAUUAACAGCAUCAAACGUUUUGGCAGCAAUUAAGAGGAAUAGAUAUCAUAUUUCCCUGUAUAAGCGACUGUGUUCUGCAUAUGACCUUUCCAAAAAGGAUGCCAUCAAUUGGGGAAUAUGUAAUGACAGAAGUGCUGUGGAAUUAUGCAAGACUUUUGGGGAUACAGUCGUAGAGCCAACAGGAGUUAUGAGAUUGAUCACUGUUCGUUAUCUUCACCUUGCAUGGCUACACCACAAUGGAGUUCUCGGAUCGAGCUCAGAUGGAAUUAUUCGCCGUCCAGCUGCAUUUGGGUUCCAUCAUCAAGACCCAUCCUUGGAUAACAUCAAACCAGAAGUUCUGGAAGUGAAAUGCCCAUUUUCUGCUAAGGACAUGACCAUCCUUGGCGCAAUUGAGAGAAUUCGGGAUUUCUACUUGGAGAUUCAAGACUUCUGUGGUGUGAAGACUGAAGUUGAAAGAAAACCACCAUUACUAUGACCAAGUACAGGGACAGCUCCAUAUCACUGGGAAAGCUGCUUGUGAUUUUGUUGUAUGGACACUGAAAGAAUGUGCCAUUGUUAAAAUAACAAGACUCACAUUGGGAAGACAACAUCUCUGCUUUGACAUAAUUUUAUUUCAGCAAAUUCAUACCCCAUCUUCAGCAAAUCUAGAAACAUAUGAUAAGGACUAUUUUUCAUUGAUUAUUUAAAACAUUAACAAUGAAAGGUAAAGAUAACGAACAGUGAUCAAUCUCAUAACUCCUAUAAGCAAUACAAGAUAGAGAGUUGGGCAAACACGGACCCCUCGAUAUACCACAGGUGGGAUCAGGUGUAAAUGCAAUGUAAUCC